AUGGGGCCAAAGCACGCCGAACUGUACAGAUAUGUCAAGAACAUCGCGCGCCCUUGGUCCGAGGAACUGUACGAUCAACAGGCCGAGCUAUGCGACGACCUCAGAGGUCCUUACCUGCAGUACAAAAAGUCCGACCCCCAUCUUGGCCGUUACCUCGUCACCUGCUCCGGCAACCAUCCCAACAAGCGUCGCCACUUCAAAUAUAUAUCCCCGCCCAUCUCAGCUCUGCAGCGCGCGGAUAUCCGCUUGUAUGCCGCCUCAAAGGGGAUCAAAAUGAAGGGCACUAUUGAUACCCCACCUUCGUCACCGUCCCCUCCACUUCUACCUCAACCUUCCACUCCAGUCCCAACCAUAAUCGAUCUGAGCAACGAGACCACGCCUUCCCCGGGCACUAGCCAGAGCGCGCGCCCGCCCUUGACCCGCUCGCCGAGCGUCGAGAUCACGCGCGUCAUCCCUGCGCCCGUCCAGCAGGACCGACUCGUUGAUCUCGAGCAUCCCCUCACGUUCUCCAUCCGCGCCCGCCCUGGCUGCGACGUAUUUCGCAUGUCCCACCAUGUCACCGUGCUGGAACGCCUCGAGGUCAAGCAGAGCGACCAGAUCUCCGUCCUCACUUACGAGAACUCUGGCGUCGAAGUCUGGACCACCUUCCAAACUUCAGAUCUGGCCGUCCCGCGCUAUGUCGCCGCUGUAGUCCUCGCCUUUCCCCGCGUCAAACUCUUCCAUGCUGGUAUUGCCCGCCUAUACAACCUCGCCUUCCCCGGUGCAUCACGCCUUCCAGGCCGCAUUGCUGACAAGCCAUCCACGUGA